AUUGCCCUUGCGCUUAGACGCAAGACGCGCCAUUUGCUAAAUAUUUGUUCGUAAUGGCAUUGAUAAACUAUACACGGGAUUGAAAUUUCGUGACAAACAGGCCUAGUAUUACAAGAAACUUUGAGUAUUGUGGUUACUACACAAUACCUGUUUGCAACAAUGGGUACAAAUAUAAAGGAAGACUUUUUACAAUCGAAAGAGUACGUCGUAAAAACUGAAGAAUUCGAAGAUCUAUCCGAAGCAAUGUCAGAUGGAAACUGCAAAAAGCCGAUAGAAGAUUCGUUACUUGCUGAUCCAGAUAAUUGUGGCAUGUGUGGAGGUCUUUUGGUAGUCCCUCGAAUGCUGCAUUGUUUACAUGUGUUUUGUGAGGAGUGUCUUGACAAAAAGCUUGUAACCGACGGUGGAGACGCCAGCUCCAUAAAUGCUUCAAUAAUUUGCCCAACUUGCUGUCAUAGCACAUUGGUUGGUACCAAAUUGCUUGCUGCACUUCCUCUGGAUGUAACAAAAACAAACAUUUCUGACGUUUCCAAUUCAGUAACCUUGCAUUGCACCUCCUGUACAGCAAAAGAAGUUGCUAAAUCUAGAUGCAGCACUUGCCACAAUUUGCUUUGCAAUAAUUGCGACACGGCUCACCAUUUUAUGCGCUGUUUCGAGUCACACAAAGUUGUUGCACUUGAUGAUAUGCGCAAAGACGGUGCCAAAAUCACCGUACAUAAACCACUAGAGUGCGAUUUUCAUCGCGGAGAAAACAUCAUCUACAAUUGCACAACCUGUAAUAUGACUGCUUGCGGAGAGUGUGUCAAGACGGAACACAAGGGGCAUAAAUGUGAAGGAAUCCUUGAUUCUGAGACUAGAGUGCGCCAAGAAAUUGAAUCUUUGCUCUCAAAGAGUAAAAUUAAAAUUGAACAGCUUGCAAAGGCCUCCUCAAACUUGGAUAGCAAUUUGGAGGAACUUGCCCAUCAACGCUCUUCAGCUAGAGAUCUUAUCAAUGAAUCAUAUCAGAGUUACAAGGCUGUUCUUGAAAAAUGUAGAGAUGAAAUUUUAGAAGAACUCAAUAAACUGUACCAUGAACGUGAGUUGAAAAUCAUGAAAGAAACUGACGAGUUGGGUAAAACCAUAAAUAAUAUGGAAGAUGCUUGCAAAUAUACAUCUCGCUUAUUGGAAAAUGGUACUAUACCAGAAAUGAUGUAUCUCAGAAAAGUAGUUGCUUCUAGAUUGAUCGCUUUGAAUAGCAAAUCCCCAAAGUGUGAGAAAAACUAUUUGGUCGAAUUCAAAUCUGAUUUGGAAAAGUUUGGUUUUGUAAUUAAAAACAAUUUUGGUAGAUUUGUUACUGAAAGUGAUAUUGUUGUGAAAAACACACCUACAAUUUUACCUGAUCUGCCUCCUCUUAAUAUCAAUGGCGUUACAAAUCCUGUACCAGCUUUAAUCACCAAUGGCUGUAACGGACCGCCAGUAGCAAAUUCCAGUCCGAUAUCUUUACCAACAUCAUUGCAAUCUUCAAUUGAUAGUGAUAUUGGUAACAGUCUACAAACUUUAAUGGCUCAGAGUCCUCCUAUACCUCAUGUCAAUUCUAACGCCCUCCAAGGGUUUUCAAGCAUUGCUGAAUAUAAUUUACAACAACUCGCUACUUUGGCUGAAACUAACAACAGCGCCGCCACUUCUCCUACAGCAACCUUCAAUAUAGCCGAUCUUUUGACCAAUGAUACAGCUUACAAAAAUCUCGCUUCCCUUGCUAAACUGGGAUUAAAUGCAGCAGAUACAGUACCAAAUGGUAACAACAUAUUGGCCAGGUCAACGUCAUCUGCAUCAAUAAAUUUAACCAACAAUCUUAUCAACGGUUUUGGAGGAGUAUCUACCUCAACUUCUCCUUUAUUAUCAACACCUGAUGAUAUUAUAGCUGAUCCUCUUACCAAUAUUAUACCUCCAACAGGAAACACCAACCCUCCCUCCAUUCCCAGAUCAAAUAAGGUCAGUCCUAUGCAGAUACGCUGCAAAUUCGGUCAAUUGGGACCCAGUAAAGGUCAAUUUAAUUCCCCACAUGGAUUUUGCUUGGGAUUGGAAGAAGAUAUCAUCGUCGCUGACACUAAUAAUCAUAGAAUCCAAGUAUUUGAAAAGACCGGCACCUUCAAGUUUCAAUUUGGAAUUCCAGGCAAAGAUGAAGGACAGUUGUGGUAUCCAAGGAAAGUGGCAAUAAUGCGCAAUACUGGAAAAUAUGUUGUAUGCGAUCGUGGCAAUGAACGAUCUCGUAUGCAAAUUUUUACUAAAAAUGGGCAUUUCUUGAAAAAAAUUGCUAUUCGCUACAUUGAUAUUGUUGCCGGCUUAGCCGUAACUGCACACAGUGAAAUUGUUGCUGUCGAUAGCGUCAGUCCAACUAUAUUUAUCAUUGGAGAAAGUGGAGACUUGCAUCGCUGGUUUGAUUGCAGUGAUUAUAUGAGAGAACCUUCUGAUAUUGCUAUUCAUGGAAAAGAAUUUUACGUAUGUGAUUUCAAAGGGCAUAAUGUAGUUGUAUUCAGAGAUGAUGGACAAUUUCUGCGUAGAAUUGGGUGUGAAAACCUUACUAACUUCCCAAAUGGAAUUGAUAUAUCUGAUGCUGGAGAUAUAUUGAUUGGAGACUCGCAUGGUAACAGAUUUCAUGUUGCUGUAUUUUCACGUGAUGGGUCACUCAUUUCGGAAUUUGAGUGCCCUUAUGUCAAAGUAUCGAGAUGUUGUGGUUUGAAGAUUACUUCUGAAGGAUAUGUAGUCACCCUCGCCAAAAACAAUCAUCACGUGCUGGUCCUGAAUACGCUGUACAUCCUGUAAAUCCAAGAGCAAGUAGAUUUGAUCUCACGCUGUAAACAGUACUGAACUGAUUUUUUUUAUAAUUAGCUUAAUUAUUUUUCAUUCAUUUUCAAAAAGGGAAAGAUUUAGAAGUUUUUAUUCGACGUUUCUGAAAUUUUUUUUUAUUGAGCGCAGUUACACUGCAUAUAUUUACACCUAGGAGUAACUUGUUUUUUACAGUUUUUUUAUGAUUUUAUUUUUAUUUUCCAUUUUCAGGAAACAAAUUUGUAUUAGUUUCGAUUUUUUCAAACUUGUCCAAAUUUGGUUCUUAAUUUAGCGGCAGACGAAACGUGGUUCCUAAUUUUUUUUAUUUUUAAGACGUCAAUUAGGUACUAUAUUUGUAUGAUUGAAUGUGCCAAGGAAGUUCUUAUUAUUUUUUUUAUUUUCACUCCUUAUAACCGCUGUUGUUGAUUUAUAUUAUUUUUGUUUUUUUAGUAUGGCUGAGGUGAAGUGUGUGAUUGAUUGUUAUGCAAACUUAUCGAACGGCGUUGAAAAUUUUCGCACUUUUCGAAUUACAUUCAUCUAUAUUAACUUUUUUUUCGGUAUUUCUACAGGGUAUGAUAAAUGGUAGGUUACUUAGCUUAGCUUAACUUUAUUAAUCUCAAAAAGAAAACAAUAUUCUCAAAUGAAUGUAAUUAUAUCAUCAUUCCGUCCAACAUUAAUUCACUUUGACAGUUUAAUAUUCUCUCUUUAAUGUCACAAGUCAUCUAUUGCAUGUUACCUUUAUUUACUGUCAUUCGAAUUUACGUGUCGGAUUGAUGUAAUGAAAGAAAUUUUUCAACGCUGGCACCUAUUACUCAGGUUGGAUAGCGUAUAUUCGUUGUGCAACUACGCACGGCGACCAGUGCCAUGUAGGUUAGGACCUAAGGUUGCAGCCUAAAACAGCUUCUUGUGAUUCUGUAACAAUCUGAAGGUUGCCACAAAAAUUAAUAUAUAAAUUCCAGUUAUGAGUGUGUGUGUUCUUCUGAUAGUGGAGUAAAAUUGGAUCGAAAAAAUAAGGUUCUCAAUGGAAAUAUUUCUGUUUAGUUAUUAUUAGUAUUACCACUUGAAUAUUGUAAUUUAACUUGCAAAUGAUAUAUUGUAGUAUUCUUCAUAAGCAGUUGUUUCUACAUGUUUUAACUGCAAUCUAUAAAGCUCAUUUGAACUACUAUCAUAUGAAGAUAUUUAUAUAUUAUUUUUACAGUAAUUUUUUUCACAUUUGCUGUCCUGCUGAGAAUUCAUAACACUUUAUUUGAAGUAUCAAGAUACUUAUUGACCUUUCAAUGCUUUUUGAGUUCUUAAUGAGAAAGUUUCUAUUAAUAUUUAGGUAUUUUUAUACAUUAUAAAUUCAUUCUACUGUUUUAGGGUUUUUUAAUUUUUUUCUACAAAUUUAAUGUUUUUAUUUGACAUGUUCAUAAUAAUUAAAAAGUUAUUUCUAUUGUAAUAAACUAAUGCAUCAGUUAUAAUUUUGGUUAUUUGAUUAUUGAUUCACUUGUAACUAGAUUGGAAUAUUUUCUGUAACCCCAGUGAAUGAAAUUUAUUGUCGUGUUAUUUUACUCCACUAUGAAUAAAAUUUUUAAAAAAUCAUCGCGUUGGGCCUUCACCCCGCGGUAAACCAUGCCUGUGAUAAUAGUAUCUUCAGGAUAAGUUGUGACCUUAGUCUCUUGUUGUUAUUUUGUGCGCUGCACGAUACUCGCCCGAUUUUUGGGCGGUAGCGCGUCGCCACAAGUGGUUUUUAAAAUUAUAUGUAUAUAAUUAUAUAAAGAAAAAAUACCAAAAAAAUUACUCCAAUUUUAAAAAACAGAUUGUUUAUGUAUUUAAAAAUAAUCGUAUCUUAUACACUAUAUAUUUAUUGGUCCCAAGAUGAGAAACUGUCUUACCCGCCUUUUCAUAAUAUAUUUAUACACAUUUAGAGCUUGUAUUUGUACCGUUUUAGGUACGAGUUCAGAUAGCUUUAAACAACUUUUGGAAGUGUCAAAGAGACUUGAAUUUGGUUUUGAUAAAUUAUAUCUACAUGUCAAAAUUUUACCAACAGGUGAAAAUUACACACCUCAUUAUUUACAUGUGGAAUAUAAUAAUAAAAUAAUAAUUUCAUGGCUACUAAAAAGCUUCACAGAAUGUUCUUUUUAAUUUUGAAGGUGUCUAGAGCUCAUGUGGCUCAAGCACUUAUGUCUUUCAGUUUUCAAUUUUUAUAGAAAAUAUAUAAUUUAGUAAGUUAUUACCAUGGUAAUCCAGCUUACCAUACAUUACCUGAUUUUAAGAUGAUUAUUAUAGGAUGUAGAUAGUCUACAUUUUCUAGAAUAAAAAUUUUGCAAUUAGGCAUUUUCGAAGAAAAUUUAUAGUAAUUUUCUAGGCUUUCAAUUAUAACAUCCAAUGGAGUAGUAUCUCGUGCUGACUGUAUUUAUAUAGUCUAUAUAUUGAAGAAUAAUAUGAAUUAGGUGGUUGUGAGAAAAAUAAAAUAUUGACAGAGUCAACAGAUCUAUGACUUUAGACAAUUCCAAUUGAUUUUAAUUUUGCCAUUUGUCAAUUUACUAUAUUUAAAUAGUAUUAAAGACGAAUGGGAUUAUUUUGGCUAUUUAAAAUAUAGGAUACAUCAUCCUAUAUAUUUUUCUCUGGCGUUGAAACGUUAUGAGUUAAUGAAAAGUACCUAAAACUUAGGUAUUGUUUUGUAUGUCGACCCUAAAAUUCUGUAGUUUUUGAGUUAGAUUACUCAAAAAUAUGGUUAGCAUUCAUAAAUGAAUUAUUGUUUUCUAGUUGUAACUGAAGUUCUGUUCGGGCUUUGUUACUGUUUUCUAUUCACAAAGAUUUGGCAGUAAUUUCAACUAAAAUAGUUCCUGUAGCUUUCUACACAAUAUCUCAUCCUUUAUAUUUAGUCCUUUCUCUUCCAAAAUUGUUGCACUUUUUGUUAUAUUUUAUAUUAAACAAUAUAUUUGUUUUAAUGAGCCACAAGGCACGAAGCUUGUUUUUGAGCUUUGGCUAUUGGCCCAAUUUGUUACAUUUAUUUUAUUAUAGAGUUAUAUUUUUAUUU